CGGCGCCACAUUUAAGCGUCAUGGGUGGGGCUGCCGCUUGCAGACCCAGGAUUUGAACAUGUCGCGCCUGCAACGGGUAGCCGGGCGGGAUCCGCGAGCGGGUUUCAGAGCUGAGAGGAGAGACUGCACUACUUCUGUGCCCCAGGGGCUGUUAAAGGCGGCGAGGAGGAGCGGACAGUUAAACUUGUCGGGUAGGAACCUCAGUGAAGUGCCUCAGUGUGUUUGGAGAAUAAAUGUGGAUAUCCCUGAAGAAGCUAAUCAGAAUCUUUCCUUCAGUUCUGCUGAACGAUGGUGGGAACAGACAGAUUUGACCAAACUAAUCAUAUCAAACAAUAAACUUCAGUCACUGACAGAUGACCUUAGACUCUUACCUGCAUUGACUGUUCUUGAUAUACAUGAUAAUCAGCUAACAUCACUUCCUUCUGCUCUAAGAGAACUUGAAAAUCUUCAGAAGCUUAAUGUCAGCCAUAACAAACUGAAAAUGCUCCCUGAAGAAAUUACAAAUCUAAAAAACCUGAAAGGCCUGUACCUCCAGCAUAAUGAACUAACUUGCAUACCAGAGGGAUUUGAACAACUUUCCAAUUUAGAAGAUUUAGAUCUUUCAAGCAAUCGUCUUUCAACUGUUCCUGUUAGUUUUUCUUCUCUGUCUAGUCUGAUACGACUCAAUCUUUCCAGUAACCAACUGAAGAGUUUGCCAGCGGAAAUAAGCAAAAUGAAAAGAUUAAAGCAUUUGGAUUGUAAUUCAAAUCUCUUGGAAACUAUACCUCCUGAAUUGGCUGGCAUGGAAUCGCUAGAAUUGCUUUAUUUGCGGAGGAAUAAAUUGCGUUUUCUACCAGAAUUUCCUUCAUGUAGACUAUUGAAGGAAUUGCAUGUAGGUGAAAACCAAAUUGAAAUGUUAGGAGCAGAACAUCUUAAGCAUCUGAAUUCCAUUCUCGUGCUAGACCUGAGGGAUAACAAGUUAAAAUCUGUUCCAGAUGAAAUUACAGUACUACAGUCUUUGGAAAGGCUUGACUUAAGCAACAAUGACAUUAGUAGUCUGCCCUGUUCAUUGGGAAACCUACAUUUGAAAUUCCUGGCACUAGAAGGAAAUCCUUUGAGAACCAUUCGGAGAGAAAUUAUAAAUAAAGGAACUCAAGAAGUUCUAAAAUAUCUACGGAGUAAGAUCAAAGAUGAUGGGCCUAGUCAAGACUCUGUUACUGAGACUGCCAUGACAUUGCCAAGUGAAUCCAGAGUGAAUAUGCAUGCUAUCGUCGCAUUAAAAAUAUUAGACUAUAGUGAUAAGCAAGCACCUUUCAUUCCUGAUGAAGUGUUUGAUGCAGUAAAAAACAACAUCAUCACUUCUGUUAACUUCAGUAAGAAUCAACUAUGUGAAAUUCCAAAAAGGAUUAUAGAACUGAAGGAAAUGGUUUCUGAUGUCAAUCUCAGUUUUAAUAAGCUUUCCUUUAUAUCCUUGGAGUUAUGUAUGCUUCAGAAAUUGACGUUUUUAGAUCUAAGGAACAAUUUUUUAAGUUCUUUGCCUGAAGAAAUGAAAUUGUUGAUAAGACUACAAACGAUCAAUCUUUCCUUUAAUAGAUUCAAAAUGCUACCUGAAGUUCUCUAUCAUAUCUCAACGCUUGAAACAAUUCUGAUUAGUAACAAUCAGGUUGGAUCUUUGGAUGCUCUGAAAAUGAAGAUGAUGGAAAAUCUUAGCACAUUGGACCUUCAGAAUAAUGACCUCCUGCAAAUUCCACCAGAGCUUGGUAAUUGUGUGAACUUAAGAACUUUACUACUAGAUGGAAAUCCAUUCCGUGUUCCUCGAGCCACUAUAUUAAUGAAAGGAACAGCUGCUAUAUUGGAGUAUUUGAGGGACCGGAUUCCUACUUAAAUGAUCCCAGUCAUCAUGUUAAAUCUUAGAAGAAUAUUACAUUUUGUUUUAGUAUCAUCCUAAAGGUGAUUGCUAUAACUGAUCUUCUAGUUUCUCAGUUAUCACCCAGCCAUUGGUAUAAUUGGCCUGGGCUAUUAUCACUGCCAAUAAAUAUUUUCCAUUGAUAACUAUUCAACAUUUUUUCUAAAGUGUUGUGUACAUUUAUAACGAUAUUAACUACAUACACUUAUGGAGUGUUCAUACAUUUUGUCUGAAUGUUUUCCACAGGAUUUAUCCUACAUUUAUCCCACAUUCAUUCCCUUAAAAUUUGUAAGCACUUUCUUUGAAAGUGAAUUUUUAUGUAAGAUGAUUUAAUAUUUUUAUAAUAACAAAGCAUUUUUGUAGAAUUGGGUUUCUUUUUUCCUCAUUUCUUUUUGUAAUCCAUACAAUAUAACCAGUUGACUUGAAUAUGAGUAUUUAAUUUCUACUUUUUUAUUAGAUGUAAAACCAAAAUGAAAUUUAUUUAAUACUUUUUUGUGGGUUAAAAAAAAAGACUUCAUUACCUGUGAUAGGACUUUUGUGAUAUGGUUGGUCAAGUUUUAAAUUAACAUUUACUGUCUUAUUUUGGCUUUAAACCAGUUGGAAUGUUUCUUUUCUAAUGAUUGAAUAAGUCUUUUCCUCCUAUUUUAUGAAAUCAUUUUAUCAGAUUUGCUAAUUUCUCAAAAAUAACACUCAAGACAUGAUUAUUGGAGAAAAUAAUGAAAGCGUAUUAUAACUGCUUUCACGAUUUUGACUUUAAAAUUUGGCAUUUUUAAAAGUGAUGCCUUAGUAUUGUUUUCGUAUGAUAAUCUAGUACUUUUAGAUUUAGGAGAAUUAAAGAUUGGAUCUGUAUAUUUUCCCCCUGGGGAGUGUAAACAUUUAAUCACCUUUUGUCCCUUAAGGGGGGAAAAAAUGAAGACCUUAUUAAUUCUAUUGGUAGCAGCAACAGAAAACAACAUAUACCAUAUAGAAAUCUUAAAGCUAAUGUGAUAUAGUAGCACAUGCCUGUAAUCUCAGCUAUUAGAGUCUGUAAACAAGUCAAAAAUAACACCUGGCAUUUUGCCAGGGGAAUGUUAGAGUUCGUAAACAAGUCUGGAUGGUGCCUGGCAAAAUGCCAGAGGGAGUGGUUUGAGAAGUAACAAAAACAAGCCAUUAAGUGUGGAGAUUCCUUAUUGGUUGACUGAUGUAUCUAGUUUAUGCUAAUUAGAUAAGCUGUGUGGAAUGUAUAAAUACUGCUCCUGUCCUACAAUAAACGGCUCCCACUCCUGCUGUAUCAACGUACACAAGUUAUUCGUCACCCCCCGGUUAUUUUGCUGCAGCCAGCCGGACUGCGGCACUCAGCUAUGCAGGAGUCUGAGACAAGAGGAUCACCAGUUCAAGGCCAGCCUCAGCAACGUAGUGAGACCCUGUCUCCAAAAUGUAAUAAAGGGCGCUGAGGAUGUAGCUCAGUGCUUGUCUAGCAUGUGUGAGGUCCUGGGAUCAAGCCACAGUACCAGACAUACACACACAAAAAAAAAGAAGGGCAGGAGGGAAGAAAAAAGGAAUGAAUCUUAAAAUGAACUUUGUUUUAAACACUUAUUCAGCAGGUAUUUGAAUACUUAAUAUACUUGGGUAUGUUUUAAUCUGACUUGUGCAUCUUUUUAUUUUCAGCACUUUAAUUUUAAAAUUUACUUUGUCUUGAUAAGAUUAAAUUUACAGUCAUACAGUCAUUUUCUAAAAGGGAAUUUUAUAUAGAUAAACUCAAUUUAAUAGAAAUUAAAUAUAAACAUUUUUGUUUACACCAAAAUUAUCAGAAUUAAGUUGAUCAGUCAUUGUGACACCAUAUAAUUCUAUUAAGUAUCCAAUUCAAUAGCAUGUUUAUCUAUAGAUAUGUAGAUAGGUAACUUUUAGAUGAUUGAGGCAUGCUUACAUAAUGAAAAAUCAUUGCUAAUAAAGAUAAAUACAUGUUCAUAAUAAAAAUUACAUUUUUCAAAUAUUGA